AGCAAAACUCAAUGUCAAAUCCACAAACACCACCACCACUGCCACCAAAUCCGGCAAAGUCUCAGUGGCAAUCUUGCUGGGACGAAACCUCUCAACUCUAUUAUUGGUGGAAUACUGCCACGAACGAAACAACAUGGGAAGAUCCUAAUCAGAUAUCCUCCGUCGCAAAACCGAAACAUGAAGCCGACCAAAACAACCAUGUAGAAAACGUAGAGGCCAUAGAAGAUGAAAUAGCUGUCAAACCUCCAGAUUCACAGGAGCCAGUAGAAGGGACAAGUGCGGCCGAAGAGGAGGAGACGUCGACGGAGACAAGCAAGGACAAAAGCGUAGAAACUUCCGAGGAAUCGCAGUCCCCAAUCGAUCAAGGAACUGCUUCUAACGAUUACUAUAAUUCGGAGGAAUACUAUAAUUGGUACUAUUCGCAGUACCUCCCGCAAUCUUCAAUUUCAUCAAGCAACUCCCCGGAUAACACUUCGCCCCCCGAUUCAAAGCUGCGUGCCGGUGGUGAUUCGUCAAACACAUCAACAGAUCCUUCAGGAACUUCAUACUUGAUGCAGACAGAGCAUGGCGCAAAGUCCAAUGUGAUAGGCAAAAUUGACUAUUCAGACUAUACGGUAACAGGAGCGUUCAACUCUCGAACCGGGCGAUUUCAAAAUAUUGACCGAGACCCGCGAUACGCUGCCCCCGACCAGUACUUUGACCAGUCAUCAAAGGCCAUUCGUCAGAUGAACUUCUUCUUUGAUUACGACAAAUUUCAAGAAGAACGCGCCGCUAAGCGUCUUGCAGAAAUGGAUGGUGAGGGCCAAGUACGAAAACAGCAGAAGUUGACAAAGAAGGAUAUCGAAUUUUAUAAGCAACGGAAGAAGGAAAAGAAGUUGAAGUCUUUGAAAGCGAGAUUUGGUGGUGACUGAUGAAAUAAAAAGUUUCGGUGCGGGAAGGCGUUUAGGCUGACGAAGUCUUAUAUUUGUGACGCAUUAUUGAUUGGAUGUGUAAUGAGUUGUGCCUCUCCCCACUGCUGCCCGUCAUCGACUACCCUCCUGUCCUUCCGAACUAUCAACCGGCUCGGGCCGCACUUGUUCCUCAGCCACCAUUUUCCGCGCGCUGACAAUAUAGUUCAUUUGCAGAUCUCCCAAUCCUCGGCCGCUCAAAAGGCUCCACUGGUUUGAUGCGGGAUUGAAUGACAUUCCUUUGAUAUCCAAUACCUCACAUCCCGCGCCUGUCAAAAACCGCUGCAUCUCCUCUGGGGUGACAUAUUUAGCGUGCUCAUGGGUCCCUGGUGGUACCCAUCUAAGUAGAUGUUCCGCUAAGAGGAUCGUGAACAGAUAGGAUGUAGGGGUGCGGUUGAUAGUGGAACAGAAAAUAAGGCCGUUGGGCUGAAAGGGCAAUGUAAAUACUUUGCACCAAUUCCACUGUAGGUCAAUUGAUGGGAGG